CUCAUUCACUUCAGCUAUCACCACAGAUCACACCACCAUGAGGGAUCUUAGCAUAUUUUUGGUCUUUUUUGCUGUAUUCUACUCUACCAAUGGGCAGACUACAGUACAGUCCCUCUGCGACCUGCCCAAAGAUGAGGGAACAGGCUCAGACGUGCGUGUCUACUUGUACUACGACAAGGAUACAGACAAUUGCCAACCAUUCCGCUACUUGGGAGAGGGUGGAAAUGCAAACCGCUUCAUUGCUGAGGUGUACUGCAUGAGAAACUGUUCGGCCAGAGCCGACUCUCUCUACCCUCUGGACAGAACAAAGGCUUGCCAUUUGCCUAAGGCUCCAGGGAACUGUUUGGGCUAUUAUUUACGCUAUUACUAUGAUCCUGCUCAUGGGAAAUGCAAGACAUUCUUCUGGACUGGCUGUGUGGGCAACGGAAACCGUUUCUUGGAUAUUCAAAGCUGCAAUGACACAUGUUCUGGAAUAAUAGAUGAAGCUGAAGGAAAACAAGAGGAAGAGGAGUCAGACUCACCAGUCGGCAUCAUUCUGGGAGUUGUUUUAGGCAUUAUUGGAGCCAUCAUCCUCAUCGUUGUGAUUGUUCUGACACUGAAGAAUAAGUCUACCCCUCAAAACAGCAAAGCAAGGGCCAAAGAAGAUAUGAGCUCUUCUGGACCAGAGUCACCUCUUCAGAAUGAUAAAAUUGAAAUGGCAUAAGGGAACACAGUGCAGUGUGAAACACCCAAUAUCAGCAUUAACACCGGAAAUCCCCUCCACAUCUUAGACAGUGUGCCAAGGCAUAUCAA